CGAUAUUCGUACGAGUACGUAUCGGAAGUACGUACGAUUACUCGUACUACAGGUACUCGUAGGUCUUUGUUUCAUUCCAGGAAGCAACUUCACAGUCCGAAUACGUGACAUAAAAUAAAAAAGACGCACCGAACGAUUCAAUUGAAUUGUGUGAAGCAUGAUGCCCGUCAGCAGAUCGAAGAAAUCUUCCGCUGGAAGGGCAGCAACAGCGCUCUCGUUGAGCCUCUUGCUGUCGUGCGGAAGCCUUGCGCUUGCCUUCACGACAACAACCCCCGGCUCGCAGUGUGCUUUUCACCAUCCGGUGCGGCUCCAACACCCUACCAAGAACGUUCCCUUCGUUUCCGAUUCGACGGUUGCGUCUCUCGGAUUGCCAACCCUGCCACCACAGAAAUUCCGUGGUGCGCGAACCAUUGCAAGUGGCAGCGGCGACGAAACGAAUAACGAAACGACCGAUGACAAACUAUUUGACUUCAAAACCACGAUAGCACUGGUGGGUGGACAAUCCCUCCUGAUUGUCGUCGCUGCCAUUGCCGCCAAGUUCGUCGGAACCCCCAAUUUCGGUCUGGGACCAAACAUCGACUUUGGUUUGGCAGCCAUCGGCAAGGGGAUUUUGUGGAGCCUCCCCCUUGGAGCUCUUGCGGUCGCACUCGAUUUCGUGGAGGACCGGUUCCAGGCCCUCCAGGACGUCACCAAGGCCACGCAGUCCAGCGUCCUCUCGCUCCUCGGCGGGACCUUCAAGCCGGUCCUGGGCGGACUCACGGCCCUCGCGCUGGGGAUCGCGGCCGGCUUUGGGGAGGAAAUGCUGUUCCGGGGCGUCCUGCAGGCCGACCUCGCCUCUCGCACCGCCAGCGAGGUGGUGGCGGUGGGUCUGUCCAGCGUCAUCUUUGGGGCCCUCCACGCCGUCACCCCCCUCUACGCGAUUCUAGCGACCCUGGCGAGCGUCUUCUUUGGGUGGCUCUACCUGGCCACGGGAAACCUGGCGGUUCCGAUCGCCACGCACGCCUUUUACGACUGGGCCGCCCUGCUCUACGCCCACUGGACGGUGACGAACAUGAGCGAGAGCGAGCAGCAGUCCCUUCUCGCGUGGCGGUACGGUUCCGGGGACGAGAGCUGAGCCGACCGGAACACAGCGCAGCGCAGCACAGCAACGCACGCAAACUGGGAAGAAGGGAACCCAACUUGGGGUUUCGUCCGUCCGUUCCUUCCUUUUUUUGUCGUCGUGGCCAAAAACUCGGUCGUGCACGGCCCAUGCCGUAACAAACAGGUUUCGCGAUGAGUUUCGUUUGAGGCUACGACUUUAAAAGACGCAACCAAACAACACACAUUGUAGACGAGGGAAAGAAGCCGGCCAUCGACCUCGAUUCUUGCGGUAUGCAGAGAACCAAUUUUCUCGAGCGGUUUGUUUGCGUUGCCUGCCAUGGAUUGGGUGAGGGAGGCGGAAGAAAUACCACACUUUCGGAUUAAAGAAUACACUACUAGAAUUCUCCCCAUAGUUUCCCCAACACCCUGUAUCCGAACUUGUUUGCCGACAAGCGUUGUAGGACACACAUAAGCUGCGAUCUGGUUCGCUCGACGUGGGUCGUUCGUUGCAGCAGGGGCUUUCGACCUGCUCCAUGCGAUUCGAUCCCGCCGAUUCCGCGGCAGGCGAUUUUGAUCCCGACAUGCCCUGCGCAGUAGCUCGAACGCGAGCGGUAUGCUUGAAAACUAUUCCUGGGCCCGUUCAUAUAUUUGGGUAGACCCGAGCUCUGGAAUUAUGUUCCCGAGAAAUAGUGAGCUGUUCGCGUCUUGGUACUCCUCGAACUUCUCCGAAAAGAUGCUCGGUAUACAACAUGCAAAACGCAGGGCGUGUAAAAUUCCGAAUGAAACCCAUCCUUCAUCCUCUAAUAAAAGGCGAAAUUGUUA